ACACCAGAGCUCCCGCAGACGCCUGGAGGCUAUGGCCACAUUAGCCCGGCUGCAAGCUCGGUCGACGUUCGUCGCACAGCAGUACUACUUCAGGAACAGUGUUGUUGAUGUAUUUAGAAAAAAGGAAUAUGAUGCAGCAGUUAAAAUCCAGAGCUGGUUUCGAGGCUGUCGAGUUCGGGCAUAUCUCAGGCAUUUACACAGAAUAGCGACUGCUAUUCAAAAAUGGUGGAGAGGUUACUCAGGCAGACAACAUUAUCAACUAAUUGUGAAGUUAGCGUUUUGUGCUAUGAAGAUGAAUCUCUACAACGCAAUGGCUGUCAGGAUUCAGAAGCAAUGGCGAGGCUAUCGAAUUCGGAAAUACUGCUUUAAUUAUUUUUAUUUGAGGCAGUACCUGAGAGCUGUUUCAGAGACCAAUGAUGCAAUUAGGGAGGCGCUGGAGGAGUUUGCAGACAUGAAAGAAAGAGAAGAGAAGAAGGCCGACCUCGAAAGGGAAGAGAAGAAAAGAGAUUACGAAGCCCGAAAGAUGCAUUACCUCCUCAGCACAAAGCAGAUUCCAGGUAUAUACAAUUCACCAUUCAGAAAAUAUCCUGAUCCAUGGGAACUGCGGUUACAGAAGGCAAAGCCCUUAAUAAGCCAAAGGCCUAAAGUUAAGAAGAUCGGCGUCAGUGUUAGCCACUGGCUGGCGUGUACAAGUCCCCACUCCUUUCCUGAAUCCAAAUUUCUGCCCCCCAUUGAUAGGAAGCCAUGUCAGGGACCAUUCCGUGAUAUCACUGAAGUACUGGAACAGCGCUACAAGCCUUUGGAGCCAACACUGCGAGUGGCAGAACCAAUCAAUGAGCUAAAGGUGGCCAGAGAAGAACUCAGAAAACAAGAAUGCAUGCGGAAUAUAAAUGACAAUAUGUUUCUGCCAUUUUCUUCCUACCAUAAAAAUAAAAAGUACAUCCCGUUAAUGCAUUCAUCGAGCAAGUAUGGUUCCAAUUCUUAUGGAAGUCAACAUUUUAGAGAUGAAAAUCCUAAGAAAUGGAUCUGUGACAAGUUCGUAUUUGGAAACAGUGCUGAGGGCAGCACUUGGGCUACUCAGCCUGUGCCUAGAAAUGUGUUUAAAGCAGCCAUUCUUUACCAGUGGCGAUUUUGCAAUUUGGGCAAUGUACAGACAUGUGUGGCUGUGACACUGUGCGGAAGUUCUGGUUCUAACAUUGACUAUAGGAGUACACAUGCCUCUAUUCAAGAUUUUUGGGUGGCCUCUUUGACAGUAAUUCAUGCUGACACAGAAAGAGAUGAUCAGGAUG